AUGACGACUUUGUCUGGCUUGUCUGUUCAGUGGGAAUGGGAAGCGGCUGUUAUUCCAUCCCCAACAACACAAUCAAAACGCUCUAUAUCGUCAACACCUACAGUAAAUACACGAAAACGUUCGUUAGAAGAAAGCGGUAACGAUAAAGAACGUGGUGAUACGGUCACGAAUAAAAAACGUGCAAUUUCUUCUAAAUCAACACAAAAUCAACAAAAAAACACAAUGAGAACAAUAACGACUGUUGCUGGAAAAGUACCAGUUGAUCCCGAAUGUACGGAAGUUAGUACAACACAUAUUUAUUGUGAAGGUGAAGAUGUUUGGGAUUGUAUGUUAAAUCAACUUUUAGAAUAUAAUAGUAAGAAACUAUAUUAUGUUUGGAUGCGUUGGGGUCGUGUUGGUAAAACAGGGCAACAUGACUUGAAAUCAUUGGGACCUGAUCUUGAUGGUGCAAAAAGAAUAUUUUGCAAGAAAUUUAGUGAUAAAACAAAAAAUGAAUGGUAUCAUCGAGACACAUUUGAGAAAGCUCCAGGAAAGUACGAUUAUAUCAAACUGGAUUUUAAUGCAUCAGAUGUGGAAGAAAAGAAAAUGAAAAAAAAUGUCGAACAAAAACCUUCGCGUAUUAUACCAGAGUCACGUCUUGAUAAACGUAUUCAAGAUUUGAUUAAUCUUAUUUGUAAUAUUCAAGCAAUGGAAGAUACAUUAAUAGAAAUGAAAUAUGAUGCACAGAAGGCUCCACUUGGAAAACUUUCUAUGAAUCAAAUUAAAGCUGGUUAUUCGGCAUUGAAAGAAAUUGAAACAUGCAUAAAAGCAAAUAAAUUGGAUCGUACACUUGUUGAAGCUUGUAACAAAUAUUAUUCACGAAUUCCUCAUGAUUUUGGUAUGAGAACUCCACCAAUAAUUAGAAAUCAAGCUCAAUUGAAAGUUGAAAUUGAAUUAUUAGAAACAUUGACUGAUAUUGAAAUAGCUAUUCAAACAUUGCAAACAGAUUCGGAUAAACUGAAUCCAGUUGAUCAACAUUAUGAACAACUACAUUGUGCUAUUCGACCAGUUGAGAAAACAGAAUCAGUGUAUAAAAUCAUUAAUGAUUACUUACAAUCGACACACGCCAAAACACAUCAACAGUAUAAAAUGGAAAUUGAACAAAUAUAUGAAGUUAAAAAAGAAAACGAUGCUGAGCAGUUUAAAGAUGUUGGAAAUAAAAUGUUACUGUGGCACGGUUCACGUCUGACAAAUUUUGCUGGUAUUAUAGGCCAAGGAUUGAGAAUUGCGCCACCAGAAGCACCAAUGACUGGUUAUAUGUUUGGAAAAGGCUUAUAUUUUGCUGAUAUGAGUUCAAAGUCUGCCAACUAUUGUUAUCCAACUCCAAAUAAAAAUACUGGCAUUGUUUUAUUAUCAGAAGUAUCAUUGGGAAAAACAAAUGAUUUAUUGGCUGCAGAUUGUAAUGCUGAUCGUUUACCAAAAGGCACUUCAUCUGUCAAAGCACUUGGUCAAAUUGCUCCAAAUCCAAAAAAUUUCAUAACAUUGUAA